AUGUCUGCCAAAAAACGAAACUAUCGCAGGAAACCAAAAUCUUUGAUUGACGAGGAAGUCGUUGAAGAUCAAAAUACUUCCCCAAGUGUUGGAAAAGAUAAAGAACCUGAGGACGUCAGUGAAACAAUUGAAGAACUUAUUGAGUUACGCAAAUUUCGAAAAAGACCACAAGGCAUAGAUGCAGACAAACUAUCUAAGGGAGAAGCAAAGGCAAAGAAAAAGAAAAAGGAUGAUGAUCCGUGGAAAUUAACAGUUGGUGGCCUUGUCGAUCCGGAUGAAGUUAGAGAAGCUGAAGAAGAUGAGGAUGAUGAUGACGAAGAAGUGCAAAAGAAGAAAAUCAUGCUUGACUCGUUUACAAAACAAACAAAUGCAUUAGAUGUAGAUAAGCAUAUGUUUGUGAUGGCUUAUAUUGAAGAAGAAAUGCGUAAGAGAAGAGGUCAAAGAUCAGAUUCAAAAAAUGAUGACGAGGUUCUAGAGACAUCAAAACCUUUAAACCCUCAAGAUGAGCUUUUUCAAGCUCCAGAUCACUUGCGAAUUGAAAGCAAACCGAUAUCAGAGGGCAAUGUACAAUUAUCAACAACUAUGCUAACCGCUAUACCUGAGGUCGACCUUGGGAUAGAUGUUAGGUUAAAAAAUAUUGAAGAAACGGAAAAGGCAAAGCGCAAAAUGCUAGAACAACGACACCACAAACCAAAGGAUGAAAAGGAUACGUUCGAAGGAUCUAAUUUUUCCGCGACAAAUAGAU